UGCGAAAGUGACUGUAGGUCUGGACAAGGUGUGAGUGUAUGGGAACCUGUGCUGCCUUCAUGUAACUCCCCUAUAGGUGGAUAUGUCCAAGAGUCGCGGACUUGCACCGGGCAAAGUUUAAUUCAGGUCGUUCCUACAGCUGACUGCUCCUCUCCCCUUGAUGCCAUUCAGCUCUGUCAGCAGAGAAGAAAAUACAAGAUGAGUCUCGAAGAAAAUAUGGUAAUGAACAACGGUGUUGCAGCCAUGGAUCUUAAUACGGAAAGCCUUCUUUCCCAAAACUUACAGACUGUUUCAGAUGACACUGUUGUAAAGAACCACUCCGCUGUUAUCCUCAACGGAAAACCCACAACAGCUGAACUCAGUGUGGCACCAGCUUCAGAGAGCCAGGAGACUCAUCACUCUAGUAACAGUGAGCCACCAGUCCAACCGACCACGUGUGCUGAGCUGGAGGAAGCUACUGAAGCACUUACACCAGAGGAGCCCAAAGCAGUUCCUCUGUCAGUGGCAAGCUUGGCAACAACCCUGGCCCCGGCGGACCAGCUAUGGAGCAACAGCAGAGACAAGGGAGUAAAGCUCAGGUUGGAGGGCUCAGGCCCAGGCUCGGAGACACCUAUUACCAUACAUCAAAUGUUCCUGGAGACACUUGAAAAGUGUGAAAAUACUCCAGCUUUGGUCUUCAAAAAAGAUGGACAAUCAGUGUCUCUGACCUGGAGGGAAUACUAUGAGCAGUGCCGUGCAGCAGCUAAAAGUUUUCUAAAGUUGGGGCUGGAGCGCUACCAUGGCGUGGGAAUUCUGGGAUUCAACUCACCUGAGUGGUUCAUCUCAGACAUUGCCUGCAUCUUGGCUGGGGGUCUGGCGGCCGGCAUUUACACAACCAACUCGGCAGAAGCUUGCCAGUAUGUGGCAGCCAACUGUGAGGCCAACAUCCUGGUUGUGGAGAACCAGAAACAACUGGACAAAAUCCUUCAGGUUAAAGAUCAGCUACCUCAUCUGAAAGCCAUUGUCCAGUAUAAAGGCGAGCUGCUGCAGAAAGCACCUUUCCUCUAUACAUGGGAAGAGUUUAUGAAGCUGGGAGAGGAUGUUCCCAACGAGCAACUCAAUGCUGUGAUUGAGAGUCUUCGGGCCAACGAGUGCUGUACCCUCAUCUAUACUUCUGGAACCACUGGCAAUCCUAAAGGAGUCAUGUUGAGCCAUGACAAUAUUACAUGGACAGCCCGAACAGCAUCUAGCCUAGUAAAAUCAGGUGGUGGUGAGGAGGUGGUGGUCAGCUACCUGCCACUCAGCCACGUGGCAGCUCAAAUGGUUGACAUAUGGAUCUCUAUGGCUUUUGCUGGGACCACUUAUUUUGCUGAGCCAGACGCUCUAAAGGGCUCUUUAGUGGACACACUGAAAGAGGCACGUCCAACUUGUUUCCUGGGGGUUCCUCGUGUGUGGGAGAAGAUGCAGGAGAAGAUGAAAGCUGUUGGUGCCAAGGCAUCUCCACUGAGGAAGAGAGUGGCAGACUGGGCUAAGGCAAUAGGCUUGCAGUACAGCUACAGUGCCAUGAACGGGGAGAAUGUGGUGCCGUGGGGCUUCACGCUUGCAAACAAUCUGGUCUUCAAGAAGGUGCGUGCCACCCUGGGCUUAGACCGCUGCAAGCUCUGCCUCACAGGAGCGGCACCUAUCACCAAAGAGACUCUGGAGUACUUCAUGAGCCUCAACAUGCCUGUGAAGGAGCUGUACGGCAUGAGUGAAAGCUCCGGCCCACACACCGUGUCAGUUGACGAAUACCGCAUCACCAGCUGUGGAAAGGUUAUGCCAGGCUGUAAGAUAAAGCUGGACAAUCCAGAUAAGGACGGGAACGGAGAGAUCUGUUUCUGGGGUCGCAACGUCUUCAUGGGCUACUUAAACAUGGCUGAUAAAACAACGGAGGCUCUGGAUGAAGAGGGCUGGCUGCACUCUGGAGAUCUGGGAAGAAAUGACCAGAACGACUUCCUGUACAUCACAGGAAGGAUUAAGGAGCUGAUCAUCACGGCUGGUGGUGAGAACAUCCCUCCUGUUCCGAUCGAGGAUGCACUGAAGGCUGAGGUGCCCAUCAUCAGUAAUGCAAUGCUGAUCGGAGACAAGCUCAAGUUCCUCUCCAUGCUGCUCACUCUUAAAUGUGUCGUGGAUGACAAUGGUGAACCUACAGAUGAGCUGGGCCCUGAGGCCUUGGAGUUUUGCCUGCAGAACGGCGUCACAGCAACAAAGGUGUCUGAGAUUAUAGCCAAUAAGGAGCCAGCUAUUUACAAAGCUAUUCAGGAGGGCAUGGAACGCAUCAACGCCAGAUCAAUGUCAAACGCUCAGAAGGUCCAGAAGUGGGUCAUAUUGGAGCGAGACUUCUCAAUCACUGGAGGAGAACUGGGGCCCACCAUGAAACUCAGAAGGCCCAUUGUUGUGAAGAUGUACCAAGAGAAAAUCGACGAAAUGUAUGCAGUGGCCACAGAAAAACAGUAGACUGAACUGUACAGGUAUGAGAGUUGGUCAUUAGGAGCCUGGCCAGACUAUCAUGCUACAGCAUGUGCAGAAAUACAUAAACCUGCAAGUGCAAAGGAGGAUUAUUUAAGAGUAAAAGUCUUGAUUCUGAUUGUGUUGUAUUUGAUCGAAUAGAGGAUUGUGUUGAAGUUUUAAGCUGUCAUGUUCUCCAGAAGCUGUAGAGAUGUCUGUUUGUGUCUGAUAUUUAAGAUGCUUUAUGUACAUACAGUUUCACUGCAACUCCACAUUGUAUAAUAAAACAUCCAAAUCAGAGCCAAAGCUUGCCAUAUAGCGCAUAUAGGUGAAACUACUGUCACUCAGCACCAAACAUUCAGCACUGGAUGUUGACCGUCAACAUUACAUUUACAUUUUUUUUUUUACAUUUACAUUUUACAAAGCAAAUGUUGUAAACACUGUGGCCUGAAAGAACCUUAUGUAUGUUUAAAGAUUUCACAGCAUUAAUACUCGUCACCCAGUCUCAUGUUGGUAGAUGAGACAGAAUAAUCCCUAACCUUCCAAAGAAGCAAGUAUUUUUAUAAUGUGAAAGAAGUAAUCUGAAUUUAUCCGAUCACAAACAUGUGCAAAUUGUAAAUCAUUUAUCUGCUUCACUGUGUACAGUUUGACACAUAAAGAAUGUAUUUAUUUUGUGAUAUGUGAAGAUUGUCAAUAAAAAGUGAUUGAUUUGGACAAAGUGA